UUUGAUUUGAUUUGGUCUGAACGCCUUCCUGGUCCUUCUAGCCGGACAGACAGGAACAAUUGUCCUGGACUUUGUUCUACUUUCCCUUGUGUUCAAUGAACAUUACCCAUUAUUCCAUAUGCCCUAGUUACAGCUGCUUAAUAGUAUACUAUUUACAAGUAUGUAUAGCAGUUUAUGUCUGAAAUAGAAGUGUUGUUGUUGGGUCAGGUGCAGUCUGUGCGUGAGAUCCAGAGGGAGAAGCGUAAGCACUACGUGUUUGAAAUCACCAUGAAGAAUGGGAAGAGGAAAGUACUGUCUGCAGAGACAGGGGAUCUGAGGAGGGAGUGGAUUGGCCAGCUGUGGAGGGCCAUGCAUCUCUCAGGCCCAGGGGGUACAGACCCAGGCUGCAUACGACAGCAGGAUGUGAGGUCUGAUGACCUGAAGGCCAGAGGUCGCUUCAGCACCUAUAACAGCUCAGAAUGUGACAGCAUGAUGGAACCACUGGGGGUUCAUCGACCCCUCUAUGCACUCCUCAACCCCUCCACCCCUGACCAAGACCUAAACCAGGGACACAGGAUUACCCAGUGCCUCUCUGGCCCCCUCACCCCUGACCAAAAUCUGGGGCACAGGGCUACCCUCUCUCUCUCCCUCACUGAUGAGCCCAGUAAUGAGGAAGCCAUAUACCAGAACACCAUCUCACAUUAUGGAGAGGAGGAUGAAGACAGUGUCCAUAGAUUUAGAAGGAGAUGUGAGGAGGAGAGAGAUGAAGAAGAGGAGGAAGAGUGUAAGGAGGAAGAGGAUCAGUAUGACAUUCUACCAGCCCCCCGGAACUCUGAGUAUCACAUCAACCAAUCAGAUGAAGACUUGACUGAUGGAGAGGACCUCUAUGACUUCCCACUGUCCAAUAGGAGGGCAAGUGACCGCCAAGAUUAUAGCGAGAUGAUAGAGAGCAUCUAUGACGUCCCCAGUUCCCUAAUGAGGAAAAUGUCUGAACACACACUUGCAGAGCCUUACCCUGGAGGUGAGAUACUGGUGGAGGACAGGGGCCUCCUGGAUGACAUGAUGGCCAGUCUGGGUGGAGGGACGGUGGGCUGGAUAACAGGUGCUUCUACUGUGGAGCCCUACGGGCUGGCUCGUCAUGGCUCUUAGGACUGGUAUAUAGUAUAGACUCUGGAUAAUAUAGACUGAAUGAGUUUCCCUCAUUCAAAUUGUUCUAUAAAGCUUGACGCAUUCUGUUAGAGAUUUAAAUAUGUUUACAUUUUAUGAAAAAAAAAUCUCAUUUGUCAUGAUAUUCUAUUCUAUUGACUUCUCUUUUAAUACAAUCUACUGUCAAGGAAAUACCAUAUUAAAUAACUAACUGUAUACUGUCAAAGUGUUCCACUUAGUAUAUAAUGUCAGGAGAGAGGUACUAUAGUAUUCAGGCAGACCCUAUCCUUCUUUUUUAGGAGGUAGAUCAGAUUUAAUACUGCAGAUACAUUGUGGCAUCAUUUCCAAUCACACAUGUAUAUUUUUUGUAAAUAUAUAGAGUAUAUAUUAUUUUAAAUAUAUAUACAUUUUAAAUAUAUUUAGCUUCUUUAUUAUGUUCCCCUCACCCUACCACCCCUCCCUUAAUUGGAGUAAACAAAUGAAAUAGAUUUGACUUCUUUAUUAUG